AAAAUCAGAGAAGUCAGGAAAAAAGCCAAAGGCAGCAGCAUUGAAAGCACAUAAGAUGCAAAGAAAAAAGGAAGAACAAUAAAGAAAAAUUAAAGAAAAAUUAGAAAGGUUAGGCAGAAGAAGAGAGAAGAAUAAAGAAAUUAAAACAGAAAGAAAAGUUAUUGAAGAGGGGGGAAUAUAAAACAAAAAACAACUUGAAGAGGAGGAGAAACUCAAAUUGAUGAGAGAAUAAUUAGGAAUUAAAGUUGAUGAUACUGGUAAUAAAUCGAACAUUGUGAAAAAAAAAACAACCAGGCCAAUCUAAUUAAUAAUAAUGAUACUAAAAAGUAAAAGAGAGGUGAUCAUCAAAUAAAAUUAAGUUGAGGACAUUGAAAGUUGGGAGCAAAUUUUUGAGGACGGAGAAGCAGAACAAUUUAAACAGGAAAUAGAUGAAGAAAAGCAACAAAUAGAAGAUUAAAAAAGAUAAUAAGAACAAUAAUAUUACUAAUCUUUUUCCUCAACAACAACAAAAAGAAAUUUUAGAUUUAUACAAACCUGUAGGUGAA